AUGCAAGACAGCGACUUGUCCAGCUUGAGGGUAAUGUUCGCCACGGGCAAGACACUUCCACAUGCGGUCGUUGAAAAAUUUAAAGAAUAUGCACCGAAUUGCAUUUUCCCAACCAUGUAUGGCAUGACCGAGGUUUGUGGCGUCGUGACGAUGACAAUAAUUGAUCCCACAAACACCGUGGGUACUGUUAUGACCAAUACCGAAGUGAAAAUUUUAAAUGAUCAAGGGGAGAAUUUGGGACCAAAUGAAACGGGCGAAAUUUACAUACGCUCUAAAUUUAUCAGCUCCGGCUACUAUUGUAACCCCGAGGGCACCCGUAAAACAUUUGUGGAAGAUGGCUGGGUUCGUAGUGGCGAUAUGGGCUAUUUCAACGAUGAGGGAAACCUGUUCAUUGUCGAUCGUCGCCAGGAUAUUAUGAAAUAUAAUAAUUAUCACUUCUCACCCGGUAGUAUUGAGAAGGUUAUUUCAGAGUUAUCCGAUGUGGCUGAUGUUUGUGUGAUUGGAAUUCCCGACUUGACCUAUGAUUUUCUACCGGCAGCUGCGGUCGUUAAACGUCAAGGUUCCAAUAUUACCGAAUCGGAUAUUUGUCAAUAUGUUGCCGAACGUAUGCAGCAUUUUGAAAAUUUGCACGGUGGUGUGUACUUCUUUGAGAAGCUUCCCCAAACGGCAUCGGGUAAAACAAUACGCCGUGACGUAACGGAAAUGUGUGUGAAAAGUAGAUAA